AUGAUGGAAAACCUGGUGAUUUGUGUCCUUUACCUUUGUGUCAGAGAAAGCACCUUCCGCAAAGGAGCAGAGCCUUUGAAUCUUCCCCCUGUCAUAAUAUCAGAGUUUGAGUCGGAGUAUUUUGUACCGAUAUUUCAUUCAACUCCGUACCAGAGGUAUACAAAUGAUUCAAAGAUUAUGGAAAAUGAUCGCGUUUCCUUUAAUCAGUCAACUCGUGAAAACGUCUUCAGAAAUCUAGAAAAAGAGGACUUUGGUAUCUAUUAUUGUAUGGCAGAAAAUACACUUGGAAUUUCAGUCUCACAGUUUGUCAAAUUAUCGGAAGCAGUUCUUGACCAAUUUUCUUCAAUAUUGAAUGUGGAACAAACUUGCAGGGAAUAUCAUCAUUGCGCACUUACCUGUCAUAAUCAGCCACUUUGCCAACCAAAAACUGAAUGUAUAACAGAAUGGGCACGUGGAUAUGGAGCCAUACGAAGUAUGUUUUACAAAGAACCUGUAACCUUGGAUCGUGAGGGAGACCUUCAUUUUCUGAACAUAAGUAAAUCUGACGGGGGACAAAGUUACACAUGUGGAAUGUGGAAUGAAAAGAUCACUGUAUUCAAAGUGAACAUAGUUAUUGUUCCUGUUAACAGCCCUGUUCCAAAAGUAGUAUGGCAGAACAAAAACGGAACAACCAUCACAACAAACCACAAAUACGUCUUUAGUCAGUAUGGACAACAGCUUCAUAUCUUGAAUGUAACUUUUGAUGAUGAGGGUUUUUAUAAAUGUAUAGCCAACAAAAACUUGACACUGCGUCCAUUUCUCAAUGUCACAUCCCCUCCACUUUUUCCUGAUGCUGGCAAACGUUUCAUGACCAAAAUAGUGAAGAUUCUGAAAAAAGAGGCCACUGUUCUACUAAGCAACGCAAUGUCUGUAUCGGGAGAAAUUGAGUCUUUUGUGAUCAAAUGGAUGAAAAUUGGAAAGAACUUGGAUGAAGGUUUCUCUUUUUGUUAA